UGAUGCGAUCCAUGCCCUCAACUACACGGUGCCCUAUCUCUCAGAGGGAAACCCAGAGGCUGUGCAGUCAGCUCUACUGCAACUCAUUGCAAGGCUUUUUCCAAAAGUGUUUCAUGGAGAUAACACAGAUCCUGUAAAGAAGGAUAUAAAGAAGUCCUCCUUUAUCCAUGAAUCCAACAAAACUGCAUUGGAAGAGCUGUAUUUGCUCAGAAAUUGGUUAAAUGGAGAAAUUCAGACAAAAAUGGAGGAGGUUAAGAAGGAAGAAGACACUGUCGGGCAUAUACAGCCCCCCCUUCUGGGUCCCACCCCGGAGCCCCAACUAUCGAGAGCAGUGGGAAGGGCUCCGACGCAGGAAGACAGCAUGGCGGAGGCCCCGAGAGGAAGAAGGCUGCACACAGUGGACAGGGGACAGAGGGCGCCCACCCCUUCCUCCCUGCCGGCUCCCUGGCUGGGCAGGUCCCCCACCUCCAGAACCCAGCCUGUGGUGAGAAGCAGAGCGAAAGACUUCACCCACAGCAUAUGGUUUCUAAACCACGCGAAGGACAGAGCGCUAAGAAUGAAGCCAACUCCACCUGCCCGGCAGUCACGAAAGAGUCAUCGCUUGGCUGGGACUCUCUUCCCUGUGUCCCUCGGAACAGCAAAGAGGCCUGGGCUCCAGGCACUGAGGAGCCUCAUGGACUCCCCUCCAGGAGGCUUCCCGUCAGCACCAGGGGACCUGCGUGUGUCUGCUGCAGACUCUGCCUCGGGCUCGGCCCCGACCCCCACACACAUCACCUCCCCAGUGCUGCCGUCCCUGGUGGUCAGGUUAGAAACAGGGCUGAAUCACUUGCUGCAGCCGCUCAUCCCUGACGACAACGUGAGAGGGUUCAUCACCGAGGUCAUCAGCAUUUUGGAAAUGGACUGUGCUGAGCCCCCCGCGCCCCUCACCUGUGCCAAGCUCAUCGCCAAGUCUCGCCGCCUGCUGAUGCUUCUGACUGGGCAGCGGGAGGCCACGGUGUCCCAGGCCCAGGGGGAGCAGCAGCAGUUGCUGGAGGGGACAGAAGCCCAUGGCAAGCAGAAGGGACAGCAGACGCCUCGGAUGUUCAGAGAACAUGUUCCUAAAGGAACAUAUAUAUACAAAUACAUCAUCGGGACAUUAGCAGCCCUGGUUAUGAUACUGAUCACAGUCGUCAUCGUCCUCUGCGUCAGGCAGGUAAGGACAGCUGAUUCACGGUUGCUGCCCGCAGCCGGGCCUGGUAACAGGUUCCGAGUGGACCACCCGAACAGCCCCGCCAGUUGUGCCUCCCACCUGAGGUUCCGCCUCAGGCACUAAGACUGAGCUGUGCCCUGUUCCUGCACUGACAGGUGUACGUGAGGGAUUUCUAAGUGAACUCCCCGAGAUCUCUGAGGAACGUAAGCCAGGCUAACUCUCGCCUAGCCAAGCUUAGUGUGAGCUGACGUCUUCACAGCGUACUUGGGACCCGGUGUCUCACUGGUCACUCGGGGAGUGUUCUCGCUGGCCCCACACGGAUCUCCCCAUCUGUGUGAAGUUUCACCCGAGCUGCUGUGGGCU